AUGCCUCAAUACCCACCCCCAUUUCCAUACCCUUCUCCACUCCCGAUAAAUAUUCCACCUCAUAAUCCCUCGUACUACCCUAAUCCAACAUUCCAACAACCAAUUUCACAGCCAAUACCACAACCAAAUCAACAAUCAAUUCAAACACCUGGACAAUAUCCCAGACAAAAUCAAGGGUAUCACUCUGGUGCGACACCGCCACGGGCUGUCUCUCCGGCACCCCAGGGAAAUUUAAACUAUCAACCGGCUCGUCGUCAAGACGCGACAGCGAGCCCGACUCCCCAGCGUCCGAGGAAUGUACAUUUCGCAGAGAACACUGUUGGUUCUCUACAACAGGAGCAGCGGCCCAGGACUCCCCAGUAG